UCUAAAGUUUCUACACACCAGUGUCGUGAAUCAUUCGGCUGUUGAAGUCGCUGAAGACGGAAGCUUUAGCAGGGAUAGGGGGAAUCUUUCGAUAAAGUACCUUUACUAUAUAUAAUCUAACUUAACUUACAUCCCUGAAAGAAAUACCAAAAAUGGAAGAUCUGGAACAUACUAAAGACGAGUCAUGCGAUAUUAUCGAAGAGUCUUCGACAUCAAGAGGAAAAUGUAUAAAUGAAGAUAACAACGCUACACAAUCGGGAACAAAAUAUCACGUUAUAAAAUCGGAUACUAGUGGCUAUUUUGGUCCAUAUGGGGUUGUGUUCGGUGCUCCAUCUAUUCGUGCUCAAUCUAUUCGUCCUCUGCCUGUCCGUCGCCUAAAUACACAUUUAAGGUAUUCAGAUUUCAACACUGGAGAAUGGAAAAGCAUAAUUGACACACUUCAACACGAAGUUCAAGUGUGUCAUCCUUUUGAAACAGAAGAAAAUUUAUUCACACAUUUCAAAACGUGUCAGAAAAAUCCAGACCAUGCGGGAUUUAUUCCAAUCCAUGAUUUUAAUGUUCGACAUAUAAACAUAACAAAAAAAGUGGAGGAGUUGUACACCAUCAUUAAGAUAGCCGCGGAUCUUACAGUAAGGAUAGCUGUAACCUACACAAGCACAGCUAGACCUAAGUAUGUUGAAGGAUCAGUUCAAGAAUAUCCGUGUUCUAAUCUAAGAGGGACAAAUUGUCUCAGAACAGGGACAGGAACUAUAGUUGGUGUGUCAAAAUUUCAAGAUGAGGAUAAGAAAACGUGUCAUUGUAAGGGGUGUAAAGUUUCAGACACUCCUCAAACCACCUGGUGGAGUGUGGGUGUGAUGACAGCCACCCACAUGGUGUUUGACGACAGCGAGGCUGAGAGUGCCACAUGCAGGCUGUUCUUUGACCAGGCGGACAGUCCAGUUGUGACGUUAGAUGGCUGGAGAAUGUGGGACAUGAGCAUCAAGGGAGACACCUGCAGAUUUUCUUGUGCCUCACAUGACAUGGAAUUGUACGAGAAAGUCCAACGCAUCUUCAAAAGUUUUCUUUUCUACCCCAACACGUUUGAAGAAGGCGUGUCUUUUAUAGUGGCGCAUCCACAUGGCUGUUCAAAACACGUCUCUUUAGGAAAAUACAAACAAAAACAUAUCAAGCAUUUGCAUCUGCAUUACAACGCAACAAAAUACUCUUAUGAAAUGAGUACAUGUCCAGGAAGUAGCGGGGCUUAUGUAUUCACUAGUGAACACUUGCUUGUACCUCACGUACACAGUGGAUGUAAAAAUGGCAUCAAUUACAGUGGGGAAGGAUUUCAAGAAAAGUACUCAGACUUACACCGGUUAAAAUUUCAUAGCACUCCCCCUCCCCCCUUCCCCCCGCCCCCGCCUUCCCCCAAGAUUUAUAAAAUAAAUAAUAUCUCGCAGCUUUAG